AUGGAGAAUGAGGCCUCACAACUUGCAAGGGACACUGAGAAUGAUCUAAGACAUGAUGGGGAAAUAGGAGAUGUAAACAGAGAUGACAAAGUGGCGAACGACAUCUAUGCUAAAGAGGAUAAUGGUGAAGAUGAAGACGAGGUUGUUGAUCGAUAUGAACAUGAGAUUGAGCAAUCAGUUGCUGAUUUUGUUGAUGAGGAGUUCAUUGGUCGGAUGACAAUUCCAGAAAGCUCAGAUGAAGAAGAGGACGAGUUUGUUGCAAGAGAUAGAAGGAUGAAAAACAAGUCUUUUGACAGAUUGUCUAUUGGAACAACUUUCUACUCAGGUUUCGAGUUCAAAGAGGCUGUAUUAGAGUAUGCUUUGAGUAAGGCGAGAAACAUUGUGCAAAACAGAUGGGAUAAGACAAAGCUUAGUUUUAAGUGUGGUAUUGGAGGUAAAUGUAAAUGGAGGGUUUACUGCUCAUAUGAUAAGCCGAGACAGUGUUGGUUGGUGAAAACAAGAUACAAGUACCAUAGUUGUACUCCUAACGGGAAGUGCAAGCUUUUGAAAAGUCCUGUAAUAGCAAGGAUUUUUCUGGAUAAACUGAGAGAAGACAGUGGUCUGAUGCCAGAAAAAAUCCAAGAGCAGAUUAAGGAUAUUUGGAAACUAGUUGCAUCAAGAAAUCAGUGCCAGAGAGGAAGACUACUUGCUUUGAAAUGGCUGGAAAAAGAGUAUGCAGACCAAUUUGCUCAUCUCCGAGGUUAUGUGAGAGAGAUCGAGAAGACAAACCCAGGUAGUAUUGUUGUGCUCGAUACGUCUCGCAAUGCUGCGGGUAAGGAUGUUUUUGAUCGCUUUUACGUAUGUUUUGAGAAACUUAGAAGUUCAUGGAGAGGGUAUUGUCGGCCAAUCAUAGGGUUAGAUGGAACUUUUUUAAAAUCUGAGGUAAAAGGGAUAUUGCUUACUGCUGUUGGUCGUGAUGCAAAUAAUCAGAUUUAUCCGGUUGCGUGGGCUGUAGUACAAACAGAAAACUCGGAUAACUGGUUGUGGUUUGUUCAACGGCUGAAGGCUGAUUUAGUUCUCGGUGAUGGGAGCAGAUUUGUUCUUAUUUCUGAUGGCUCAAAGGGUCUGAUCAGUGCAGUGAAGGCUGAAUUACCUAAUGCAGAGCACAGGCGAUGUGUUAAACAUAUUGUGGACAAUUUAAAGAAAAAGCAUAAGAACAAGGAUUUUCUGAAACCAAUGGUUUGGAAUCUAGCAUGGGCCUACAAUAAGACACAGUACAAGGCAGAACUCCAGAAUCUGAAAGACUACAACAUGUCUUUGUAUGACGACGUGAUGAAGAAGGAACCAAAGACUUGGUCGUUGGCAUAUUAUAGGCUUGGAAGCUUAUGUGAGGAUGUCGACAACAAUGCAACUGAGUCAUUUAAUGCCACCAUUCUUGCAGCAAGAGCCAAGGCAAUUGUGCCUAUGUUGGAAACUAUUAGAAGGCAAGCAAUGGUUAGAAUAGCUAAAAGAAAUAAGAAAUCUGAGAGGCGCGCAGAGAAAUUCACAAAAUAUGUGGUUAAGAUGCUUGAAUCGGAGAAGGAAGACGCUGAAAAGUGUAUAACGACUCCUUGUACUCAUGGAGUUUUUGAGGUUAGUCUUUAUCGCUGUUCAUAUGACGUAAACACGACAAGGAUGACCUGCACAUGUGGGAAGUGGCAGAUAACGGGAAUUCCAUGUGAACAUGCUUAUGGAGCGAUGAUAGAUGCUGGGUUAGAUGUUGAAAAUUAUGUUUCGGAAUUCUUUUCCACUUCUAUAUGGCGGAUGACAUACAAUGACUCUAUCAACACCGUUAGAGGACCACGCUUUUGGAUGAAUGGUACAUACAGGUUAAUAGUCGAAGCUCCGGAGCCUAUACUCCCUGGACGAAAAAAAAAGAAGAAUAAAAAAAAAAUUCCAAGAUUCAAAGGAAAGCAUGAAUCGCCAAAGAAGAAGAAGCAAACAGAAACACUAGGAAGGGGGGGCCGAACCAUCCACUGUUCUAAAUGCGGGGAAGCUGGACACAACGCAGCCGGCUGCAAAAUACACCCAAAGAAGAAAAUAAAGAAGACAGGAGAAACAAUCGAGCAGGAUGUUGGAACUGUUACAGAACCAGAGUUCGUUGCUUUAACGCAGCCAUCACAGGCACGCAUAAACUAA